AGAUGCCUGCGGCUCUCCAAUCCCCGCUCUGAUGUUACAGCUGUACAGAGUUCCCCAGGAUAUGGGCAGCUAUGGCAGCCUGGUCUGUGCCCUCUACCUCCUGCUCCUCUACGGUAGAGGAGAAGGAGCGACGACAGUUAUAUCAAGCCCAUCUACUGACAGCUUCCUCACUGGUGACAACAUUACUUUAAUAAUCUCUUAUAAUUCCCCUAAUGUUGUAACAAUUUCCUGGACUUUCAAUACCUUAUUAGUGGCAUCCUGGUUUAACACUGGAUCUAGUAUCUCAUUCUUAAACAAUAUACAGAUCAUUGGUAAUGGUUCACUACUUGUAACCAACACUUCCAAAUCCAAUGCGGGGAAUUACACUGUCACUGCGAAUAUAGGUGGGGAGCCGUAUGUGACCCGGAAUUUUCCAGUCACAUUCUAUGAUGCAGUAACGAACGUAACAGUGGUUCAGUCACCCCAAGCAGUGAAUGAGGGCACUCCCCUUGUUAACCUGACCUGUAAUGCCUCCAGUGGGAUUCAGAUGGUGACAUGGGAGAAAGAUGGACAAUCUGUGGGUUAUAACGACAGCUACGUUUUGUUGAAUGGGAACCAGACCCUACAGAUAAACCACCCAAACAUGACAUCCGCAGGAAACUAUAGCUGCAACGUAUCUAAUCCAGUCUCCUGGGAUUACACAUUCUACGUACUCAAUGUUUCAUACUCAGCUAAACCUGCUUCACUGACUGCCGGCGCCAUAGCUGGGAUUGUGAUUGGCUCAAUACUGGGCGCAAUACUGCUCAUCGCUUUGAUCCUCCUCCUCGUGCUUUGUAUACGGAAAAGAAAGAACGUAGAAGAGAAGAAGAAGAAGAGUGCAGCCGGUCCUCCGCAUAAGGAAGUUAUACGCACAGUAUCCGGAACUACACUGUCUCCCGAUGACCCGGCUUACUUCACCUUGAAUAACAUCAUGUACCGUAAUUCAUCCAUCUCUAUGGGCUCCUACAUCAUGAACGCAAGUGAUUACACGUCGAAGAACAACAACGAUCCUUCGCCCACCCCGUCAAGCCCACCCAGAAUAAAACAUGCUACACAAGUGUAAUAAUCCCACUGAACUCACAGAACCAUUCUGGCGGCCAAAUGUCAUGUGUCCAUGAGGAACCGGGCUAAACUCCGAAGCUGUUGAGCAGCACAAGUGGCCUGACCUUCACAUCUGGACAAAACGUGGACCUCAUCAUGGAGCUCAGGUCGUUCUACUGCCCAGCUCAGCUGUGUAUCUCAGCUAAACCUGUUUGCAGUCACAUCCUCAAAGGUUCCAGGUAGAAUGGACAGAUCGCAGAUGAGUUUCACAAGGAGAACGAUGUCUUUGUGAGAUGGAGUCCACCAUCAAUGACCAUGCGUGACACAUCAGUCUUCUCCUCCCAGCUGGCUCUUUUGAUGCUUCACAACACACAGGCUUUUGUACAGGACAGUACUGUACAACUGAAUCCUCUUUUGCAUGGGUGCAGUGAGCUGUACAAAUACAGGCUCUUCCCAUUUUUCCCUGACCGGUCUGACAUCUCCUACAGAUGUGUCAGGUGGGAAUACAGAUGAGCAAUUUUUCCAUUUUUUUUAUAGAAUUUCAAUUAUUUGGUUCACUUUGACAACUUUGAACCUUUUCCAUUCCUUCCUUUAUACCCCCCCUCCCCUUCCCCCCGGUAUGGUUCAUUACGGCCAUAUAACACACAUUUCUUGACCGUUUGACAAUAGGGAAUGUGCAGGAACAGCGGACCCUACGAAACAGGAGUGUCAGACGGAUUUUACUCUUAUAUUUUUGCCAGAUGGAAACUUCUCACAUAUCCUCCUUUUCUUCACAUUCACUUGGAAGCCCCCGGAACACCCAAACUCAGACACAGCGAAAGUGAACAGGUGCGCUGUAAUCCGCAUUAUGGCCAUGACACUAACUUGGCCCUGUACAUGCCAGGAUGUAGUGCUAUCUUGUCACAAAGAAAACCGCUGUGAUCCACUUUGCAUAAAUCGGGGCAAGCACUUUUUUAUUAGGGGGAUUUUAAUUUUGCCUCUUACCAUCAUAUUCAUGUUCUAUGUAUAAUGUACACAUCCUGCAUACACUGGGGCUGAUGUGACGGAGUGUUACACCUAGGGAUGGCCAUCGGUGGGUUAUUCAUCGAUGGUACCAUCGGUGGAUAACCUCGAUGGUGGUGGGAAACCAUCUGUAAGGGAACCAUUGAUGGUUUUGACCAUCAAUGGUCACCAUUACUUUAGUAUUGAGCUAGCCGCGGGCCAAUCAGGGCCCUUGGGCGUGGCUUCGCUGGUGUCAGUGGGUGGAGCUAUGCUUCAUGUUCCUUACAACCUGGAGAAAAAUAAAAAUAUUUGAUAGCUCUUCAUCAUCGAUGGUGGGAAACCAUCUGGUUCUCCCCUAUCAAUGGUAAAAGUAGUUACCAUCGGUCAUAGACCAUCGAUGAUUUAGAAUCGUCGAUGGCCAUCCCUAGUUACACCUGCUACAGGGCAAACAGAUGCAGGGGCAGAUGUACUAAGCAUCUGAGAGUGAUGAUGGGGAGAGAGAUAAACUACCAACCAACCAGCUCCUAACUGUCAUUUUUCAAACACAGCCUGUAAUAUGGGAGUUAGGAGCGGAUUGGAUGGUACUUUAUCUCUCUCCACUAAAUCACUCUCCAAGGCUUAUUACAUAGAUCCGACACACUCUGAUCAUGACUUGUCGUAAACCAGGCACAUAUGCUGAUAAUAUGGACGUGUACGGCUUUGUACAAGUCCUGACACCCUGUAUUUCUCUA